GGCGGGUGCCAGGGAGGGAAAUAUGAACUGAAAUAUCUUUAAAUUGAAAGCAUGAAAGACCUAUAAAUUUACGUAUAACUGUUAAGCGUUGUAUCCAGAAACAUCAUGCCUCGUGGGGUGAAAGCAGAAAUUUCUGAACCGAUGGAAUCAACCGAGACAUAUCAACCAGUAAAUGCGACAACAAUAAUUGUGUUACAUCCUGGCUCAACAACGCUGUGGCUUGGCCGUGCAACAGAUCACGCACCGCAGAGCAUGCCCCAUGUUGUUGCUUGGAAACGCCCAACAACUUCUACUUUACCAAAGAAACCUGAUAGUCUUUUUUCCAGACCAGGCUUGCAUCAAAAGGAAAGUGAAACUCAAAAAGAGUUAGCAUUAAGCAUUGUUGAGCAAGGUAUAUUGACAAAAAAAGCCAACAAAAGACACCAACAAUUGCAAGAACAGGUAGCAUCUUUUAAUGCAGAAUCGGAAGCUGAUGAGCUUGAUGAGGUAUCUCAUAAUCAAUGGACAGAUACCAGCAAUUAUCCAUCUUAUAUAGUUGGUGAACAGGCCAUGUAUAUCAAUGAUAAUGAUCCUUACACAUUACACUGGCCAAUGAAAGGCGGCAGUUUAAAUCUGCAUUCAGAUGUUGGAGGAUCAUUGACCUCAGUCUGUGCUGAUCUAGAAGCAAUAUGGGCACAUGGAAUUGAAAAGUAUCUAAAUAUUCCUAAAGCAAGUCUUCAGUUCCACAGAGCAGUACUUGUAGUUCCCAACACUUUCAACAAACAAUAUGUGAAAGAAAUGUUAAAUAUUUUGCUGUGUAAACUAGGCUUCUCUUCUGCAAUUAUUCAACUGGAAUCUGUCAGUUCUUCAUUUGGCUGUGGCAUCAGUUGUGGUUGUGUUGUUGAUGUUGGCCAUGAGAAAACUCACAUCAGUUGUGUGGAUGAUGGUUUAACAAUACCUGCAUCAAGACUCAUUCUACAAUAUGGUGGAAAUGAUAUUACAAGAUGCUUCUUUUGGCUUUUAAAAAAGAUGAAUUUCCCAUACAAGGAAUGCGACCCAUACAAUAAUAAAUUAGAUGUGUAUUUACUUAAAGAACUAAAGGAGACUUUUUGUCAUUUGAACCAGGAAAUUCCAGCAGGUCAAAUCCAUGAAUUUCAAGUUCACCGUCCUGGAGUAAAACCUUUGUUGUACGAGUUGAAACUUGGUGAUGAAGUUAUGCAAGCACCCAUGGCAAUGUUUUAUCCCCAGUUGUUCGGCAUUGUUGGUGAAAUCUUGGUGAAAAAACCAAGCCUACAAUAUGAUGAUCCUGAGGAUCUCUUCGACGAUAAACAGCUUCUCGAGUCUGGCACUAGGGAACCUAAAGCUGGCAAAAGCGAUCAGACUAUGACAGAGACUGAUGAAAUGUCCAAACCAUCUGGACCGUCAAUGAUGAAGAAAACAACAGAUUCAAUCAACCCAGAAAAGGGACUUGGGCUAGAUAAUGCUAUCAUCCACAGCAUUGCAUCCUGUGGAUCCGAGGAAACUCAGCAGAAACUGUUCAAUAAUAUUCUUCUCAUUGGAGGUGGAUUCAUGUUUAAUGGAGCUUUGGCAAAACUUCAGGAAAGACUGAAGGCAAAAUUACUUAACAGAAAGCAAUCCAAGUUGGCAGACUCAGUAGAAGUCAUGGCAAAGUCUAGAGAUGUUGAUGCCAGGACAAUAUGCUGGAAAGGUGCUGCUAUAUUAGGCAUAUUAGAUUCAGCUCAGGAACUCUGGAUCACCCAAGCAGAGUGGACUUCAAUCGGCAUACGAGUUUUAAGAGAACGCUCUUUAUUUGUCUGGUCACCAGAUAGAUAGGCAACAUUGUACUUUUUGUAGAAAUAUACCAAAUAUUGUAAAAUGAGGUUGCUUGCUUGCCUUCUGUGUGGAAUGAACCUAAGUAAGUGCCUCACAUUUAUAAAUAUUUAACAGGAACUGUUCGUCUAUCA